CUGGUUCUCAGACUGACAGACUCCCAUCGUUUUUCAUUUUUCAUGAAAGCCCAACGUUUCUGGAUCUUGCAGCGUCUCCAGCGUCCACGCCGCUCUGCUGCAGACUGGACCCAGUGCUCGCUGUGAGGAACCAGCAGGAGCGAGCAGGCAGGGCAGAGAUAAUAGACAAUAUUGCCAUCCAUCUCUCAGAACCCUGCAGCCCACCCUCAGCUUUGGACGCCCCUCCUCUCUGCCUCUUCUUUUGCCCCCUGUGCCCCCCCCUCUCCUCUGCACCUCACCCCCCAACAGAGCAGAAAGCGUGAAAAAUCUCACUAAUGGGUUUAUUUGCUGUCAGAUCUGCGCCGAUCUGUCAUUCCCUUGGACCAUUCCUCUUGACACAUUUCAUAGUUGAGUAAGCCUCCUGGCUCUGUGUCUAGAGUUAACAGUGCCCCUGCAACGUCGUGCUGGCUGAGCGCUCAUCAAGAGGGGAGCAAACGGCGGCAGCAGUCAGUCUUGACAGUCUCUUGGACGGGGAGUCCCUGCAGCUGCAUUCCUCUGGUCUCCCUCUCCCUGGUGGGACUUUCAGUGUUUGUGUUGAGCCUCGCAAGGCAUCCUCAGCUUCUGUGCACUCACACGGCCGCUCCGUCACAUAAGAUUCAGGCUCUUUCUGCAGGGUGCGGAUCGAAGGAGUGUGAAGAUGUGGUGUGGGGCCGGGCCUCUGGCGGUGCUGGCUGCAGUGUUUUGGACUCAGUGCGUCCUACUGGAUGGGGUGGAGGCCAAGAAGGAGAGAAAGAGGCCAAAGGAGGCCACGCCACAACACACAGAGGCAUUCAAUGCAACUCUCUCCAACAGCGAAGAGGUCGGUGGAAGCAUCAAGCAGGCUUCUGAGCAGCAGAGAGUCGACCCACUGGGAUCAUGGAUGGACUUUGUCAAACGACCCGUUGGCAACUUCCCUGGAAAGUGUCGCAAACGCAAACGUCCCCUGCCGGGCCCACCUGGUCCUCCAGGUCCCCCCGGCCCUCAGGGACCUCCUGGCUCUCCUGGGGCCGAAGUGACCCAGGAAGUUCUUCUCCAGGAGUUCAAGGAGAUGAUUAAAGAGGCUACAGAGAGGAGAGCAGCAGCACUUGACAGACAGACCAGCCCCAGCCAGCUACCUACAGCUCUCCUCACCCUGGAGGGGAUGACCCCCUACCGGCGAAUAGAGGAGGCUUUCCACUGCAAGCUCAAGGGACCUGUGGUGGUGGACAAGAAGACGCUGGUGGAGCUCCAGAACUUUCAGACACCGCCUGCUAAAGGAGCCUUCCUCAGAGGGUCGGGAAUGGACCAGUCCACUGGGAGGUUCACAGCUCCCAUCACAGGGAUCUACCAGUUCUCUGCUAACGUCCACAUUGACCACAACGAGGUGAAGAGGAGCAAGAGUCAGCUGAAGGCCAGAGACAACGUCCGGGUGCUGAUCUGCAUCGAGUCCCUCUGCCACAGAUACACCUCAUUGGAGAUGAUUGUUGGACUAGAGAGUAACAGCAAGAUUUUCACGGUCAGCGUGCACGGGCUGCUGGAGCUUCAGGCCGGGCAGUACACGUCCAUAUUCGUGGACAAUGCAGCCGGAGCCUCCAUUACAAUACAGAACGGUUCAGAUUUCAUGGGCAUGCUGCUUGGUGUAUAGCCUCCCCCCCGUGAACGGGGCACCGUCCAAGCCGUCCACCGCCGCCCCUUUUAGUUUUUUCAUUUCCACGGAUUGAUUAUGAGCACCGUCACACAGUGCCCACCCACAGGGGAGGUCUGAAGGAGGAGAGGCUGACACUGACUUGACUGCUUGUCGGAUGUUGAAGGACAAUGUGGAGAACCUCAAGGACUGAGUUUUCUACGGUGCACUGCAACUCCCCUGAGGAACUUGGUUGCCCGUUGCUUCACCAAUAAAAUAACCUGUAUGUAAAGCAGUGAAUACGUCUGUCACGGUAUAUUUGUCAUGGUUGUUGAACGCCUUUGCAGUAGCCCAAAACCAAAAAUCCAUGUUUCUUGUGUUCUCUGUGUAGAUGAGCUGGGGAACAUGAACGAGUACAUGUCUGCGUUUGUGUAUACUGACAUGUUAAUGUUUUUCUCUUGUAUACACACACACAUGAACCAUACUUAUUAUUAUCGUGGGUUCAAUUUUACAUUUAAGUUAUAUAGUACAUAGACUCUGUGAGUACACUGGACAAUGGAAAUAUGCCCCACCAACAGAAUGUGGUCUUAGAUAAGUUAUAGCUCACAUAUGUAAUUACACAUUUUUGUAACAUAGCUAUCACUGCAUUUUUAGCAACGUUAGCAGCGUCGCUAGUCGGUGGCUCCGCCAUUUUGGUCCAGACCGAAAUAGCUCAACAUGUAUACGAGGAAUUGAAGUGAGACUUUGUACAGAUUUUCACAGUUUCCAGAGGAUGCAUCCUACUGAGUAUGGUGACGCGCUGACUCACCAUCACAUUCGUGGGUUUGGAGUGAAGUAUCUCGUGUAUUAGGUGGAUUUCCAUGUUCACGUUCCCUUCAAAGAGGAAUUGUAACGAUAUGUUAGCCAACAUGCUAAAAAAGAGAUGGUACAAUGGUAAACAUAACGUCAGCUAUGUCUCACUUGAGGGGCUGCAUCCUUUGGAGGACGCAGUCUACCCGGGCCACAGAGACGGUAAACCGAACCGAAAGGAGACGGUCUAGUCUACAGGGGCUUUCCUUGAUGAGCUGCCAUUACCUCUUUGUAAAAUGUUUUGUCACCGAAGCACAAUGAAUCCUGAGAUAGGUUCGGCCGGGAAGGUUUUCCGCGUUUUGGAGCCUUCGUUUCUCGGGGAUGAAAAGACGAAAUUUUAAGGGGCCUUCGAAAUGGGACAGUCUCAGUCUUCAAAUGCAGCCUCCAAAGAAUGCAACCCCCUGAAUUGAGACACAGUUCUCAGCAUGUUAGCAUUUGGCUGACGUUACAUUUAGCUCAAAGAACUGUUGUGUCAAAGUUCAACCUCAUGAAGCCGCUAGCAGAGCUGUUAGCUCGCGUGGCGUAAUCACAUUACAGUGGAAAAACAAGGCUCUUGCGCUGCGUGCAUUGGAGGACAGCUACCAAAAGUGGAGCCAAAACAUCUUGAUCGCCCCCUAGUGGCUGGCCGUAGUACAGGUCAGUUAGUUAAGUUAGCAAAUAGGACAAUUUCCAAGGAUGGUUUCUAUUCUUUUAGGUAGAUCUGUGGGAUUUUGGCUUCAUUUGUACAGUGGGAGGAAGUGGGAAGCAUCAUUCAUCUUUAUUUACAGUCUGGUGCCACUUAAGCUGCAAUUGUAAAGCUGCUAACAGAGGAUAAAUGUAUAUAGCAGUGUUUUUGUAACAAACCUUUAGCUGCAGCUGCGUUUAUAUUCCUCUAAGGUAACAUCUUUUUGUCCGGGCUUGUUAUGAGACCAGUGUUUUAUUGCAAAUUUCUGGAAAUGCAGAAACCACAAGUGAUUAGAAGCUCCUCAAUCUUUCAUUUUUAACCAGCAGUAAAGAUCAGUGCAGCUCAGCAAGUUCAACGAAUGUGAACUUUCGGUACAGCCACUCCACCACUGACAUUUCCGCGAAAGCUGUUUUUCCAGGAUGAUGUGAAUACACCUUUGGUUAAAAUGUGUCGGACCGAUCUGCAUUCACCUUUUUGACUGUUAAACAGCUGUAAGGGAACAACUCAAGUUUUCUUCUGACAGUUCUUUCUCUGUUGUCAUUUAUUAAACUGUAUCUUAUUCUUUUCUUAACAUUUAAAUGUUUGUAAUUUAUCAUAACUGAUGUACCAGUAACAUUGGAAAGCAGUUGAAAUUUGAUAUGGUAUUUAUGUUUGAGAAAAUGUAUCAGUCGUGUGUUGAUUUACGCUCCUGUGGACAGUUGAGACCGCAGAUUAUUACGAGAAGAAAAUUAUAUGUCUUUGCUAUUUUUUUAUUACCCAUUAUAUUCUGUAAUUUCAAAUUAAACUCUUCAGAAACGUU